AUGUCCCCAGGGCAGUUUUUGGUGUCCCAGCUCCUGUCCCAGGGCCCCUCCCUGGGUCUCUCCCUGGUUUUUGUCUGGGCCCGGCGCGGGGGGGCCCUGGAGCCGCUGCCCCCGGAGCUGCGCCUGACGGACCUGCGGCAGCUGCCCGACACCGGGGUGCACCUGGUGGUGGAGGUGGCCCAUCCCUGCGUGGUCCAGGAGCACGGCGAGGACAUCCUGCGGCACGCGGACCUGAUGGUGGGGUCCCCGUCGGCGCUGGCGGACGCGGACACCGAGCGGCGGCUCCGGGCCGCGGUGGCGCGGGGGGGCCACACCCUGUACGUGCCCAGGGGGGCCCUGUGGGGCUGCGAGGACAUCGCCAGGCUGGACCGCACGGGGACACUGCAGUCGCUGACGGUGUCCCUGACGGUGUCCCCGGCCAGCCUGCGGCCGCAGGGCCAGCUGCGGGAUCGGUUGGUGGCCGCGGUGGCCGCGGGGACGGUGACGGAGCUGUACCGGGGGCCGCUGCGGCCGCUGUGCGCGCUGGCCCCCAACAACACCAACGCCAUGGCGGCCGCCGCGCUGGCCGCGCCCGGGCUGGGCUUCGACCGCGUCACCGCCCGCCUGCUGGCCCAGCCCAGUGUCCCGGACUGGCACCUGCUGGAGGUGGAGGUGACAGCGGUGACCGAUGGUGGCCGCCCCCUCACCGUCACCAGCAGCCGCCGCAACCCCGCGGGCCACGGCGAUGUCACGGGCAGGGCCACGCUGCAAAGCUUCUGGAUCAGCCUGCAGGACUGCACCGGACACGGCGGCUGCGUCAAGUUCUGCUGAGCCGGAGCACCGGGAACCCCUCCCCCACCUCGGCGACAUUUUGGGGACAUUUUGGGGACAAUAAAAGCCUGCCUGGCCCCGGUGGUGGUGGCGCCCUUCUU